AUGACUCUGCGUCGUACUGCGCAGUUGGUUCUGGCUGCUGUCAGUGUCACACAGAUCUGCGCCAGCCCACAUGGCCUCGUGCCUCGUCAGAACUCUUCGCCGAUUGAGAGUUGUCCCGGAUACAAGGCGUCAAAUGUUCAACAGACCAGCCAAGGACUGACUGCCGACCUCACUCUUAACGGUCCAGCCUGCAACACUUACGGUCAAGACAUCGAGAAUCUAAAGCUCGAGAUCACUCACCAGACUGGAGAUAGACUUCAUGUUCAAAUCUACGAUGCCGACGAGAACGUCUACCAGGUCCCUGAAUCAGUUCUUCCUCGCCCCAGCGCAGACGGAAAUGUUUCUGCUUCAACUAAACUUGUCUUCGAAGUUGUCAAUGAUCCAUUCUCAUUUGCGGUUUCCCGCCGCAGUGGUGGAGCAACUCUGUUCAACACCACCGGAACAGAGCUUGUCUUCCAGUCUCAGUACUUGAGACUUCGUACUCAACUUCCCGAGAACCCUCACCUUUACGGACUCGGCGAACACUCUGACCCUUUCCAGCUGAACACCACAAACUACACUCGCACUCUCUGGUCUCGUGAUGCUUACUCCAUCCCUGCAGGCAGUAACCUAUACGGAAACCACCCAGUGUACUUCGAUCAUCGCGGAGCUGAUGGCACACAUGGUGUUUUCUUCUUGAACAGCAACGGCAUGGACAUCAAGAUCAACAACACCGCAGAGACUGGCCAAUACCUUGAGUACAACACGAUCGGUGGCAUUGUUGACCUCUACUUCAUGGCUGGACCUUCGCCCACAGAAGUCGCCAAACAGUACGCUCAAGUGGUCGGACUGCCGGCUCAAAUGCCAUACUGGGGCCACGGCUUCCAUCAAUGCAGAUACGGAUACAGAGAUGUCUAUGAAGUCGCUGCUGUGGUUGCAAACUACAGUGCUGCUAGCAUUCCUCUGGAAGUCAUGUGGACUGACAUCGACUACAUGGACUCCAGACACGUCUUCACCACUGAUCCACAACGUUUCCCGCUGAACAAGAUGCGAGAGUUGGUCUCUACUUUACACGAAAGACAGCAAUCCUACAUCGUCAUGGUCGAUCCUGCCGUGGCAUACUACAACUACUCUGCGUUCAAUAAUGGUGUCGAGGCAGGCGCGUUCCUCAAGAGAGCCAACGGCUCAAUCUAUCAAGGUGUUGUAUGGCCUGGUGUCACUGCGUUCCCUGAUUGGUUCCAAUCGAGCACUCAGGGUUACUGGACCAACGAGUUCACCACGUUCUUCAAUGCUGAUACUGGUGUCGACAUCGAUGCUUUGUGGAUUGACAUGAAUGAGGCCAGUAACUUCUGUCCUUGGCCAUGCAGCGACCCAUCUGGAUACGCUGCUUCCAAUGGCUAUCCUCCUACCCCUCCAGAGGUCAGAGCAAAUGCAGGCUAUCCCAUUGCUGGCUUCCCUGCCGACUUCCAGCCUGGCUCAGCUACACGUAAGGUCAAGCGUCAGUCAAACAGCACCGGCACCCACCUGGGUCUGCCAGGCAGAAACCUGAUAGACCCACCAUAUACCAUCAACAACGAUGCCGGAAGCUUGUCAAACAAGACCAUUGAUACCGAUCUCUAUCAUGCAAACGGUUUGGCCAUGUAUGACACUCACAACCUCUACGGCACCAUGAUGUCUUCCGCCAGCCGAGAAGCCAUGCUUGCACGUAGACCUACAAGAAGACCAAUGGUCAUCACCCGCAGUACCUUUGCCGGAGCAGGAAGCCACGUCGGUCACUGGCUGGGAGACAACGUUUCUGGGUGGCGAUGGUACAGAGUAUCGAUUGCGCAGAUGCUCGAGUUUGCAGCCAUCUUCCAGCUUCCUAUGGUAGGCAGCGACGUCUGCGGUUAUGCCGGUAACACUUGGCCCGAACUGUGUGCUCGAUGGGCCACUCUUGGUGCCUUUUACCCCUUUUACCGUAAUCAUGCUGAGUCCGGUACCCUGAACCAAGAGUUCUAUCGUUGGAAUCUUACCACAGUUGCCGCUCAGAAGGCGAUCGACACACGUUACAGACUGCUCGAUUACCUCUACACAAACUUCCAUGAACAGACUGUGAGCGGCAAGCCAGUGGUUCAGCCUCUGUUCUUCGUCUAUCCUGAGGACUCCAACACGUUCCCUAUCGAGAGCCAAUUCUUCUGGGGUGACAGUAUCCUGGUCAGUCCUGUCGUAGAAGACAACAGCACAAGCGUCACUUUCUACCUCCCCGAUGACAUCUUCUACGACUACUUCACCUACGAGCCCGUGCGUGGCACUGGCGACUGGGUUACUCGCGACAACGUCGACUUCACCGAUAUCACAGCCCACAUCCGCGGCGGCAGCAUUCUGCCUCUACGUGAAAACUCAGCCAACACAACCACCGAACUGCGCAAGCAAGACUUUGUCCUCAUCAUCGCACCCGAUCUCGAGGGCAAGGCAGAAGGUACUCUGUACUUGGACGAGGGCGAUGCCAUCGAGCAGCCUCAAACCAGUCUCAUCACCUUCAGCUAUGUCAACGGCACUUUCACAAUGGGCGGCAGCUUUGGCUACCCUACUGACGCCAAUAUUGUGAGUCUCACUGUAUUGGGCCAAGGUAGCAGUGCCACGACCAGCAAGAGAGAUUCUAGCAUCGUGAGGAAUAUGGAGAAGAAGACGAUCAGCAAGAAGCUCGGUGUGCCACUGACCAAGUCGUUUGUGACUACUCUGGCCUGA